UUAAAAAUUGUGUAAUUUUGCCAAAUCGAAAACUCACAAAAAGUUGUUGUAAAAUUUCGAUUCAUGUUAUGGCUUAUCGACGAAAAUUAGAAGCUCUAGAUUAUAACAAGAUUGAAGAUUUCAACGUAUUUGAUGACGAACAAUUUCGUACUUUAGUGGUGUGGUUAGAAGACCAGUAUAUACGCCACUAUCCUAUCGAGAAUCGCGCUCCUUUGCGAAAAACUACUGAUCCGACUUGGGAAGAGGCUUUUAACUCUUAUUUAAAAGCUAAUGCUUGUCCUUUCACUGACAGGGAAGAAAUAGCAGACUGGCUUCUAGGUCUAGCUGUAAGAUUAGAGUAUGAGGAUAAUAUAGACAAAUAUAAAACAAUUACGGCUGAAAGUGUAAAUGAACAAUCGAGUACCACCCCACAGGUUAAAGCAAGCAAUCCUUUAGAUAAUUUAGAUUUUGAAAGUGAUGAAUUUAAAGGUUAUGUCAAGUCCCUCGCUCAAUUGUUGGGAGUGUCGCCUCAUCCCAAUCAUCUAGAGACAUUGAGUGCAGUUUGUACGAUUAUUCAAAAACAUUUCUCAGAGGAAGCUUUGAAAAAUAAACAAGGUAAAAGCAAAGAUGCAAAACCAUCGCCUAUUAUGGAACUUCCCCUUGGAUUUGAAACCGGUGAUCCAGUUCUAGAAAAAGCAGCCAAAAUUCUGAGACUUUGUUUUAUUCAUGAUUUGAGAGACUUGCAAACCAAGAUCAAUGAAAUCAUAGUGGCUGUUCAAAAUAUAACUGCAAACCCUAAAACUGAUACACGUCUUGGAAAAGUCGGACGUUAAAUAACUUGAAAAUGGGUUAGAAAUUGUAAAAGUCUGGAGAUUAUUAAA